UCUCAGUGUGCAGCUGUCUCUGGGCUGGGCCGGUUCUACUGAAAGCUUUCCCUGCCCCUCUGCCUGUGCUGUUGUGCACCCGCUGCCCUUCCCACCCCUCCCCCAAAGGACAGACCAGUUCUCCUGCAAUGGGAAGGAAUGGGAAGAUUGUGCUUUGAAGCUGCCCAAGGUCUCUCUGAACCAGCUAAAGGCAGGUCUCCAUGCCACUGACACAGACUGAGGGGGCUGCCAAACCACAGACAAGCCGCUGACUCUUCGUAUGGUGGUCUUGGAUUCCAGGUCAAUCAGGAGAGAAGCCACUCCACUGCUGCUGAGUAAAACACCGCCACACCCAGGCAGGGAGAGGGAGUAGAUGCUCCCUAGUGUCUCCCUGAGAGAGGAGAGAUGGAGAAGGGAGAGAGUCCCACUGAGGACUCCCAGCAGUCAGAGCAGCCCCUUAACCACAGUCCGCAGUCCGCAGCCCGCAGUGGAGACCGGGAGAAAGGAAGGGAGCCAGGCUUUCAUGCUGCGCUAUAAAGGCAACCCUGAGCACUGGAUCGGCCUCCGGAGGGAGCAGGAGCUGGGCCAGCCCUGGAAAUGGGCCAACGGCAGCGAAUUCAACCACUGGUUUCCGAUAAGAGGAGGCGGCGACUGCACAUAUCUGAAUGACGAGAAAGGCGUCAGCAGCUCACGGUGCAUUAUGAUGAGAUACUGGAUCUGCAGCAAACCAGACGCCUAUACAAAGGGAAAGGGCCGUGCAAUGGGAGAGAAAUUGCAAAUUUAAGUGAAUCCCAUAAAUUAGACUUGGAAAAGCCAUAUUGGGCCACAUCUGGUGGUUCACUCUGACUACCAGCAGAUGGUGCAGAAUGGGUUUUUUAUUCUCCUAGGUUUUGUCUAAUCUUGGCUGUAAAUGACCCCAGUGAUUGAACUCCCAUCCCUUCCCUUGGGAGACAGUUCACAGUCUAAUAGACUCGUCCCAGCGAGGCAGUAUUUCCUGUGAUCCAGCCUGAAAUUGACCCUUUGCUCAGUUUAAUCAAAGCAAGCACCAUUGGCUGAAGAUGAGCAUGAGGGUGUUGGGUUUUUUUUUUGGGUAGCCUCAGUUUUAGGGGGCAGUUCCUCCCCCCUGAUCAUCCCCUAUCCCCCUUCCCCCAUUAGUAAAACAGAUGUUACAAGUUCAGGGUUUAUCGUGACCUCUGUGUUUCAACCCCCUUCUCACUACUGUCAAAUUUGAAGUGAGAUGAGGGAAGGCACUACAAAACUGUAACGUGCCGUGAAACUGCUGGUUGGCAUGUUUCUUUUCCCUUCCCCUGCUCCUCCUUUCUACCCCAUUCUCCCGUCUCUCUACAGUUCAGCCAGGCUCAUCUCUUUGGCCAUGUCUACACUACAAAUUUAUGUCAACUUAACGUAUGUCGACGUACAGCCACCGCAGUUAGUAAAUUGCUGGGGUGUGCGCUUGCUUGGCUCCUUGUGUCAGCAGUCCACGUCCUCACCCCAGGUUCGCUUGUAUUGUUGGGGGGGCAUUGUGGGACGGCUCCUGGAGGCCAGUAACAGUCAGCGUAAGCAAUGCAGUGUCUACACUGCCGCUGCGUUGAUCUGAUUACAUCGACUGUGACUUUAUGCGACUCGGGGAUGUGUAGAGAGGCACUUACGUUGGCAGGAGCCAAAUUUAAGUGAAGACAUUUCCCAGCUAGGUAGCUUAUGUUGACCUCGCCCUGUAGUGUAGACCAGGCCUUGGAAUAACUGGAUGGUGACUAACCCAAACCAAGUGCAGGGAACUGGGGAGGGAGGAAAAGACUGUUAUGAGUUGAAAAUGGUACAGCCGCACGGUCCUCUGAUAGGCUAAGAUCAUUCCCUUUCAGCAUCAUAUUGGUGUAACAUACUGGGGGGAUGUUUUCUUCAUGAUCAAGCCCAUCUAAUCAAUGAUGUAAAGCAUUGGGGCAUUGACACUACCAGCACGGCAUAGCCAAUUAAGAAAGCUAGUGUGUGUGUGUGGGUGGGGGGAGGGUUUAAAAUGUUUUUAUUUAUUAUUAUAGUUUUUAAAUAUGUAUCGGUUGCCUUGGGAAGUAUCAUUGCUUCAGUCUUCCUAGGUUAUAUUAUAACACACGCUAGUGUCAUUUCACCGUGGGGCCCUGCUCCAUGACUGGGGUCCUUAGUACUACUGCCUCUGGAUGACUAGGUAAGCUUCAGAGGCUCUCCAUGGUAUUAUAUCUCAGCUUUUAAAGCUGGUUGUAGAAACCUGAUUGCACUUACAUGUUUUGUUUGUUUUUUGUUGAUCCACCUAGUUGGUAAUGUUGGGACUAGAGUUCUUUUUAUUCUAUGCAGUGUUGUAGCCAUGUUGGUCCCAGGAUCUUAGAGAGACAAGAUGGGGGAGGAGAUAUCUGUUACUGGACCAACUUCUGUUGAUGAGACAGUGUAUGUUUACACUUAAACGCUACAGCGGCACAGUUGCACCACUGUAGCUCUUCAGUAUAGACACUACUUAGGCUCAUGGGAGGGAUUCGCCUGCCGGUGUGGGUACUCCACCUCCCUGAGAGGCAGUAGCUAGUGUAAUGUUGCACUCCAUAUGCUUUAUAAAAAUAUCUUUGUAAGUGUGAAUAUGAUGUACCGGGAAUAUGCCUUAUUCAAAAGGUCUCCUGUAAGGCAUCAUUACAAAGCUUAUGAUCUACUGAGUGUGUUCAUCCUAUUUGUUUGCAUGUAUUAUUUCUAUGUCUGGAGUUAGGAGAAUAAGAUAUAAACUUGUAUUACUGAUGUAAAUGUAUUAAGUGGAAGCCAUUCAGGGUGCUUCAGAAUCAAUGAACUGUGAAUGGAUUUGUUUACCUGCAAGCCUUCCUAUGUAAUGAAGGUAAAGAAGAAGGCGGUCUCACAGGACAUGUGACCAUGUCACCUAAUACUGGAAUCCAUCUUAAAUCUGGUACUUUUCCAUUUGGAAGGAGGGGUGGGAACCCAGAGAGAGAGAAAGGAUUCCCGCCUUGGGCCAAAGCUAUAAAAGGGUGUGGAACAGAACAAAGGUGCCCAGUCAUGUGAAAUCCCCGGCUUUUCACCUAAGAUGCCUGCUGAAACUAAACAAGGACUGUACCAGGGGAAAGGGUUGGGCCCAGACUAGGAAGGAGUCUAGUCUGUGAAGGAAGCUUACUGGAACAUCUCUGAGGGUGAGAUAUUACCUAAAAUCAGUUUUUUAAUGCAUUAGGCUUAAACUUAUGUAUUUUGUUUUAUUUUGCUUGGUAAUUUACUUUGUUCUUCGUAAAUUACUUUGUAAUUUUACUACUUGAGAAAACUUAAAUCCUACUUUUUAUAGUUAAUAA